UUUUUUGGGUAGGAGCACUCGAGCAAUUGAUUAAAAAAAAAAGAGAAUUGAGGGUUUUGGAGCUCGUAUAAGCUCGUCAAUCACGUGAAAAGAAAUAGAUUUUACCUUUUAGCGUCCACGCAAAAUUUAUUUUCCAAACAAAAGGGAAAACCCUUUUUGCCUCCCCGAACAAAUUACCUAAUACAACACCAAAAUAAACCAAAAAGUUGUUUUGAAUGGAACCAAAAACAUUAAUUUAUGUAUAGAUAAAUAGUUUACACAAAUCAAAUAAAUCUAAAGAUUCUAAACCAAACAAACAGUAGCAUACCCACAAACCCGAAUAUAACUCCAAAAAAUGAUAAUUGUUCAAAAUCUUGAUAAUGGGAAAAUCAUUAAUAGACACAUUAAUAGCCAUUAAUAGACACAAUAAGAUUAAAAGAUGACCAUUAAUUAUUGGAUUGAAUAAAUAAAGUUCAUCAAAGAGUCUAACCUAAACAAUUCUAAAGUUCCUCUUUGUCUCAAAUUUGCCACAUAUCACGCAAAACCAAUUAAGAAAACAAGUCAACGCGCGUGGGUUAACACCCGCUCACCAAAAUAAAAAAAAAAAGAAAAAUUCAACUUUGGACGAACUCGGAUCCAAGUCGGAUUCUAAGCAUUCCUUAUCCAACACGGCCAAGUUUCGUCGCGUCUUUAUAUAAACAAAACCAAACCAAACCUUUUUCUUCUUCCUCUUCAUAAAAGUUCAAAAACCCAACAAAGACAAAUCUCUCUCUCUUCUCUCCUGAUGAAUUCGAUGUUCAGUGCCUUCGACGCCAUGUCCGCAGAGAUUAUGGGGAAGAAAGUCACCGCAGCGUCUUAUGUCUGCAACCCCUCUGAAGCUGCUUCUUCCGGUGGUGGCGGUGGUCAAACUGUGUCUUUGCUGAAGAAAGACGAAAACGCUACCAGUUUGGCGAAGAAGCAGCCGAGGUAUGCUCUGGAGCUCGACGGGAUUCAUUGCUUCGAGACCAUUGUUCGUUCUUGAUUCCAACCAAGAUUACACAUCUUUUUUUUUUGUUCUAUUCCAUCAUGUAAAUACACUUUCCGGAAGAAAAAAAAGAUUUAAAUUCUUAAUUAGAAUCAUCCUUUUGUGGUUGGUUCAUCUGUUUUGCAGUUUAUGUUUGCUUCGGUUUCUAAU